GGAAGGUGAGUUGAAGGUGGGGGAAAGAGACAGCAGGCAGAUGCGAAAAGAUUAUCGUGUGAGAGGUCCGAGCGGCUUUGAUAGCCCAGCUCGGAGCCAAUGGCGAGGAGAAGCGGUGGAAGCAGGUGCGAACGAUCGGUCAGAGGAAAGAGGAAAGCGCGGUACUGUACUCACCAUCGCGGAAUUACUCGGCAUGGGGACUCUACCCCCAGCGAGAUAAUUGCCUCCGCCGUAUCCAUAUCCACCAGGGACAACGUUGCGAGACCCAUAGCGUCCGCCAUAGUACCCGCUGUUCAACAGGCGUCCGCAGGGAGGGCGUGUGUAGUACGAAGACGGAUAGUAGGUACGCCGCGGACCAUAGCGUCGGACGGGGCGAGGUGCCAGGACCACCUCAUCGUGGUAAGAGUCGCUGCAGGCUUCGUACGUACGGCUCCGGUACGUUGUACCGUCGUCGAAGCACAUCUUGAGAGGUUGAAGCUGGAAACGAGUUCCGAGAGCGGAAAUUGGGUGUUGGGGCGGAAGGUGGACUGGACCGUAUGGAGCGGGGUGAAGCGGACAGAGUAAAUUGACCAAGCAAUCAAUAACGCGCGCAGGAAAGCAUAAAGAGCAGGCUCCACUCACAGCUGCUCCGAGCGUAUUAGAUUGGCGUGCGCACCGGAUUCCUCGGUUGCAGGCUAACAUGUAAGCUCCGAGUGUGCUGUCUUCUCCAUGUGUUGUGGACGGUCAUUUGGCCGCUCAACAGAAUGUAAUCCCAAACCUAGUUCUUAACACGCCCGGCCGCAG